ACAAGAUUUAGAAAAUUUAGAAAGAUGUUAGGGGCACAAGGUGCACAACCUAAGGAAUCUUUAACAGCAACAACGUAUGAAUCAAUAGUGAAAGAGGAGAAUAGGCCACGAAUGGAUAUUCAUUCUCGUGAAGAUGAAAAAGGGAUUCAAAUUGAUAAAAUUCAAGAUAAGGUAGAUGAUGUUGCUGGCAAAGGUGGUCCCGUUUUCGGGGCCGGUAAAGACGACCACAACAAGAAGGAUUUGGGAGUUACAGGCACUGGAGAGUAA